CAAGAGUCCUUGUUAGAGAGAAAAUUGAAACGUGAUCUCGAGGAGGAGGAGAAGAAUCAAAAUCAAUUAUUUGUUUGUCUCUCUUUAGAUUUGCAAUUCUGGCGAACCGUUGGUGGACCGGGCAGGUGCCGCUGGCCGGCGUAGAACCGGCAUCGGGCUUUCCAGUUAGCUUGAAAAAACGUGAACGAGAUAUGUCCUCCAACGAAAACGGUGGCGGAAGCAGCGGUGGAGGAGCUGAUGACGAAGAAGAGCGAGAGAACGGCGAACCUACAGAAGGAGCAGUCGAGGUCGGAACCCGUCGUCCUCGAGGCCGACCACCCGGUUCCAAGAACAAGCCAAAACCCCCGAUCUUUGUGACCCGGGAUAGCCCUAACGCUCUCCGAAGCCAUGUCAUGGAGGUUGCAGGCGGCGCAGACGUAGCAGAAAGCGUAGCUCAGUUUGCCAGGAGACGUCAGCGAGGAGUCUGUGUACUCAGUGGAAGCGGAGCUGUAGCGAACGUUACAUUGCGGCAGCCAGCGGCACCUGGUGCAGUGGUGGCACUUCACGGAAGGUUCGAGAUAUUGUCACUGACUGGGGCGUUUCUACCAGGACCGGCACCGCCAGGUUCAACCGGUCUGACGGUUUACUUGGCCGGCGGUCAGGGUCAGGUAGUAGGGGGAAGCGUGGUUGGAACGCUUGUUGCAGCGGGUCCGGUUAUGGUGAUUGCAGCCACGUUUUCGAAUGCGACGUACGAGCGGUUGCCGUUGGAAGAUGAUGAUGAUACUGGUAGUGCAGGGCAAGGUCAGGUCCAGGGCGGUGCCGGAAACUCGCCACCACAACUUGGAAGUAGUGUCGGACAACAACAGUCGGGUCUUCCCGACCCAUCAUCGAUGCCCGUUUUCAAUCUUCCCCCUAAUCUUCUUCCUAAUGGUGGGCAACUAAGCCAUGAUGCUUAUGCUUGGACACAUAAUCGUCCAACCUAUUGAUGGAAGAAACGUCGAUCAUCAAGAACACAUAAAACACAC